CCCCGCAGCGAUGGUCACGUUAAGCGUACGCAAAGUUUGGCAAUGCUAACGAAAAUUCUUUUACUAUUUCCCUGAGCGUCAAUAAUGGAACACUAUCUCCACGAAAAUUCUGAAACUAUGUUUAAUAAAUUUUUACAUAAAAUUCAAGCAUAGGAACUCGCAGUUUGUUCAACUGACGACGUCUCUGUGUGAGGCGGAAACGCCAGCCGCUUCUGUAAGUGCGCGAGUCCAGUCAGCCUUUGCCGUACAGUUCUGCUUCUAAAAGGGCAUAUGUGCCGUUACGAUAGCCAUGGCCGGAAAAAUGUCAAUGUCUUUCAACCUCGAAAUGCGUGCCAGGCCGCCAAACUACGCUCCUUUUGAUGGGACUUGCCAAAGGAUAGCUGACCUCCAGGCUUAGCACUGAACCCGAAACUGCUGCAUACAGGCUAGACCUGACAAACUUUCAAGCGAUACAUGCGAAGGUUCCUGCGGGAGCUGCAGGAUACAUACCGCCUGGUCCUGCUUGGUCCCUUCCUCAUCAUCGCCUGCGGGAUGUGUGUGAACACAUUCUCCAUCCUGUUGAGCUGGGGCAAAGCGAUGGACAGUCUGCAGGCCGCCACUCUGAUUGCAGCCCUCACCUCACAGCUCUACGUGUACUGCUGGUUCGGCAGCGAACUCACCCAGCAGUCUGCUGAGCUGCGGGAUGCUGUGUGGGGAUGCAACUGGGUUGGGGCGCCUCUCGUUGAACAGCGCGCCCUCAUUUUCAUGAUGGAAGUGGCUGCAGAAUUCACGCUAUCAGCUGGAGGCAUCAUCCCAGCGUCACGUCACACCAUGAUGCAGAUCUUGAACCAGACAUAUUCUUUUCUCAUGUUCCUCAUGAACUUCAUGGAUAACUAAAGAACGCGAACCCCUGAAACUCUGGCACGAUGAAUGCAAAAUUUCUAAGGUUAAAGCGAUCGGCUAUCUUUUGCACAGUGCACAUGACUCUCCCAAUGUGAUAUACUUAGCACACAGCCAUUCCACAAGGUGACAGAAUCUAGCAGCAACAUCUUCACAGAUCAUAAAACAGACAACUGGCCAACAAGUUGGCUCAAACCUCCCCUUGUAACAAAUGGUGAGUCAGAGUUAGAAACAUUAUUUUCUGCUGUAGAUGUAAUUUUCAAGCAAUCAACCCAGUUUCUGCUGCCAUGCCACAGUUCUAGAAUGCACACAUCACAAUAAAAUACAACAUUAUCACAAAUAUUA